GUCUAAGGUUAUGUCUUGUUCGUUUUUCAUUGCAGGAUUAAGUUUUUAAUCAAGAAACGCUACUCUUAUAUUAUUUUUCUUGUAAAUUACGAGAAGGACAUGUCAUUCAUAUCAAGAAUGGAAGAAUAGAAGCAUUAGAACAGUUAACUUUUUGUAUGCAUUGAAAGAAAAAAGGUUAACAGUAAGGUAAUCCAUUAUGUAAGCAUAUGUAUGUUGACGGACGGGCCUGAUAGAUACUUCGGCAUAGACUUAGACUUGAAGUUGAAGUUUACUUGAACUUGAAGUAAACUUCAAAUAAAAAAUGAAACCAGAAUCAAAUUUCCAGACUUUAGACACUUUAGUAGCCUACCUCUAAGUCUAAAGUAUCUAAAGCUAAGAAUUUUUAAAAUGUAAGUUAGUUUGGUAUUUUUACUAAGGACUGCACCACCACACUUUGCGACACCCUACUUACGCUGAUUGUGUCAAGCCACACGCCAGAACUAUAACUUACUUAGUAUAACUCUUACUCUUGUUUACUUUAAAUUUAAAGGAUAAUUUUAUACAACUUUUAUUUUCAGGAUUAAUCAUUGUUAGGUAUUAAAAUUAAACGUUCUAAUUUUAACAAUAUUUUUGAAUAUUGUGGGUUUGUUGCACAAUGACAAAGUCAAAGGCUUUUACAUGGAUUGAUGGAUCUUGACCAAACUUGGCACAUAUUCAUAUAUCCAUCAUUAUCCGGAAGAAACUCUUAAGGGGUUAUAACUUUUUAUAACAUUCCGUUUGGGGCCGGGGGCCCAAAAUGUUAACAAAAAAUACUCCUACAUCCAUAGAUGGAUCUUGACCAAACUUAGUACACAUUAGGGGUGUGCCGGAUCCGUUUUUUCCAACCGGAUCCGGAUCCGGAUUUUCUUAUGCGAAAUCCGCCGGAUCCGGAUUCCGGUUUCUCCCGGAUUCCGGAUUUUGGUACUAUUGGUAGAUACUUCGGUAAGUCAAGGUGGACUACUACUUUUUGUGUAUGGGAAUUCGCAAUCGGCGCCAAAAAAUCCGAGUUUUUAAUUUUCCGAUGUGUGUGUCUAUUUAUUAUUAAAUUAGUACUUUCGAUAUAUAUUUGAGUUCCGUUCCAUUUGGAUAAGUGUCUUACGAGAGACGCCAUGUUUCUACGCGUUCGCAGCAGGUUAUGCAGCUCGCUCAACCUAAUUUCGCCAUGGGGUUGGCCACGCCCCCCUUUUUAAUGGCGGAAGUUGACGAUACUUAGGAAAUAUUAAUUUAUUAUCACUAUUUACAUCAAAAUAAUUGAUAACUUGUGUUUCAGAAUGCAUUUAAAGACAUUUAAACUGGAAUGUUUUAAUUUGAGCUUUAACAACCCGGUAGAAUCCAUAUUAUAAAUGAUCAGAAUUUACCGUGUGCAACACGUUGUCAUUGGCAACCAUUCACAGCCACUUGCAUAACUGUAUCGUAGUACUACCUCAGAGUUUCAUUCAUAAGAGUUUGCCGUGUGCAAAAACUAUUAAACCAUUGGUCAGGGAAAGCUUUAAUUAAUUAUUCAUGUGCCAAAGUUGAAAGUUUAAACUAAGUCUAAACAGUAUUUUAGUGAUAAGGCAGGGAAUGCGUUGCCUUAUAUAAACUAUAUAGUCAUUGCGCAUGACGGGAUUGGUGGAAUGAGAUCACAGAAUGUGGAGAUGCAGUCCAUGUUAAAAAAUGACAAACCAAGUCGUACUUUAAAAAUUCAUAACUUUAAAACUACAACAGCUAAAAAUAUGAUUUUGGUGUUAUAAUUCUUUAAAAAAUUACAUCUUUUCAACUAUGCCAUUGGUUUAUUUUUACAAAAAGUUUAAAUUUUCUUAUCAAAGUCCCUACACUAUUGGCCACUAUUAGCGGUGCUGACUCUAGCCUCUGGUAUGUACGGAAUAUUAAACAUUAAACAAGCUCAACGCUCGAAACAAUCGAUUAAUGUAUCGUGAUCGUGUGAAAUUCGGGAAAGAGAAUUACUUUUAUUUCAGAUUAUGAUCCGGUGAGUCACAAAAUCUGGCAAAUUCCGAAAUCCGGUAUAUUCCGGAUUCCGGAAUCCGGUUGUUCCGGAUACAUGUAAAUCCGGCGGAACCGGAUUUCACCGGAUAGUGCAAAAUCCGGCGGAACCGGAUUCCGGACCGGGGUCCGGCACACCCCUAGUACACAUGCAUUUGAUUAUCCUCACUAAAAAACCGAAGGGUACUUACCUCAUAAUAUCCAUCCCUCUGGGGCCAUGGGACCCUUUUAAUUUUUGUUAUAUUGGCUAUAUAAAUAUCAAUCUAAAUACUCUUACAUGAAUAGAUGGAUCUUGACCAAACUUAUUACACAUACACUUGAUUAUCCAUAUUCAGAUACCGAAGGGUACUGAACUCAUAAUAUCCAUCCCUCUGGAGCCGGAGGCCUCAUUUCAUUUUUACUUAUAUAAGCUAGGCACUCCAAUACUUUCGCCGCCCGUGAUAGAAAAACGAGGCCUGCCGAGCGGCGAUCGCUGUGAUCAGCCGGCGCUUUUCGUUUUCGGUAGAUCUUGGUGAUUAGUGUUGUUUUGCGUCAUUUCUAAAAAUAGAGGACUCUCCUUGGUUUUAUUUAAAUCUGCGAUGCAUGCCGGUUACGAGGGUAUGAAUUAAGUGGAAAUCUGACCUUGCUGAGACGAUUAAUUGGAAAGUUGACGUGGGGUAAGUGAGUUUGCUGUGCUAUAUUUUUUUUUUCAAAUCGCGUUCGGACUUGGAAAUUACUUGUUCGCAUAGAUUAUAUAUUUUAAAAGCAGAAACACUUAUUUUAAAGAGUAUAGAUCGUCCCCAAAAUUUAUGAGAGCUUGAACCGUGUGACUAAAAAUUCAAGGUUGCCAAGUCGUGGCCAUUUUUUCCCCCUCGAUCUACCGGAAGUGGUAAAUCUCUAAUGUAAACAGUGGUUAUUAUUAUUUAAAACCUUUUUCAAACAACUAAAUAAAUAUUUCCUGUAUUAUAACUUAGUAGUUUGAUUUUAAAUAUAUACUUUUUAAUAACUGGUUUUUAAUAAUAAUUACACUUUAGGCCUAUAUAGUUAUUAUAUAAGAGCAGGCUUUGGAUCAAUAAAACUAAUACAUAUACUGAGAUAAAACAACAAAGUCAAAGUGAUAAAAGUGCUUUGACAUACAAAUAGCAAUGAAUUAGAUAGUAAGAUAUCCCCUAGUCCUAGUUAUUAUCAGCUAUAAGUGUACAUAUAAUAAAGAACAUUGUGAAGCCUAUUUAAAAAUAUUGAAUCAUUAUUUACAUGUACCGGUAUUCAUAAAUUAAUAGUCCUAAUCUUUAUUUUUUAUUUUCCAGAGUUACAGAUUGUAAUCACUCCCUGUAAUUUUGAUAUGUAUUUACUUGGAGGAGAUCAACAAACAACCCAAUUUGAUAUUGACAAUGGAGGCAUAUUUUUUUAAUGUACCAAUUGAUGAGGAUGAAGUGUUGCUAGACCUCCGGAGCCGAAACAAUGUCGACAGAUUACAUGACAUUUUAAAAUUUUGCAUAGCAUGAUUUUAAUUGCUUUUGAUAUAUUUUAAUACUCUAUUAUAUUUGGUUGGACACUAUCUAUUUUUACUGAAAAUUUGAUUGCAUUAGCUUUAUUAGUUUAAAAGUUGUAUAUUUAAAUGUAAAAAAUUUCUCGGCCGCAGUUGCUUUUCAUAAAAUAUUAUUUCUACUACUGCAUAAAUUUUUCUGAUCUGUAUUUUAUUUAUGUUAAAUAUGCCUUACUUUUAGAUGGACAUUAUCUGUUUGUAUUGAAAAUUUCAUAGUGAUAGCUUUAUUGGUUUAAUAAUUAUGUCAUUUUUUGAAAAAAAAAAUUUGUUCGACAAUUGUCGUUAUCCAUGCUAUAUGCUUAUAAAAAUUUUUUUCAAAAAAUAUAAUAAGUUAAUUCAAAAUUCAUGUGUUUAAUUUUGUUAAACAUUGUAUUGUAAAUGUGUUCUCCAAAUUUGAGCAGUCUAACUUUAAAAGCCAACAAGAUACAACCAAAAUAGUACAAAAAGAGUAAUAAUUAGAUCACAGUUUUAAAAAUUAAAUACAAAGCCAAAUAGUGGGAAAAAAUAAAUCACUAAAAAAUUCAUAACUUUUCUUCUACAAGUGAUAGAAAGAUUAUCUUGGUGUCAAUGGAAAGCUUAAAGUCAGCUCUUUCCAAUGAUAUGCUCCUUGUGUAUGUCAGAUGAAUCUGAAAUUUUGAGUUGGAGUACCUAUAUAAGCUAUAUAAAUAUCAAUAGGCUUAGACAACACUAUAGGUUCUAUGUCAAUUGAUCGAUAUAAGCAUAGCGUAGUAACAAUACACUUCAUCGUCUGCAUUGAAAUAUCGGUGGAUUUAAAACUAAGAAUAUCCAAUCCAUGCAGGGCUGAUCUAGAAUUUUCUAGAAAGUUCGAUAAUUUAAAAAGGAGGUAUCUAUGGCAUUUUUAAACCCAUUUUAAUAGGACAAAUUUUAACUCUUUAUUUACUUGAAUGAUUUUGAUAGCCCCCCCCCCCCCCUCCUUCCCACACACCUAAGGCAAAACUACAUCGGUACAGUUAUGAAAUGGGCACCCUGGGGCCCAUUGAUUAACUUAAAAGAAAAAGGAUUAUAAUUAUGGCAUUUGUUGAAGAUUUUUAACAGAUUCAAAAAAUAAUUAGAAAAGUAGUUUUUACACAUGUUUCGAGCAGGUUUUUAAAUUUAAUCUAGAAUAUUCCAGAAAGUUCUAAAUUGUUACAAGGGGAUAUAUAGUUGGAUCUAAGGGAUUAUUGAAAUGUUAGUUAGUUCUAUUCAUUUCUAUACUGCCCCAUAGUUUACUGUUCUCUCAGUAACACUGAGGAAUUUUUUGAUACGGAAUCCACUAUGGGUUGGGAUCCAUCAUAAUCUUUAUCCCGACGGGAUCAGGAUCCCACCAGAAAAUGGGAUCCAACCAGGAUUGGGAUCCUAACCUUGAAUGGAUCCACUUUGAUCGGGAUCACACUGGGAAACAGGACUGCACCGAGAUCGGUGUCAAAAUGGGAUCGGGGUCCAAAUGGGAUUGGUGGUCACACCAGAAUGGGGUCCUAAUGCAAUCCAGGACCACGCCGGGUAUAAAGGCUAGUAUAUAUAUAAAAGUUAAAGUUUGUUUUGUUGUUGGUCUGUUUGUUCCACAAAGGCUUUACGUGGAUUGAUGGAUCUUGACUAAACUUGGCACAUAUAUCUAUCCUUAUCCGGAAGGAACUCUUAAGGGACUAUGAACUUUUUAUUACAUUAGGUUUGGGGCUGGGGGCCCAAAAUGUUGUUUUUUCUUAUAUGAGCUAUAUAAAAAUAAUUUGAAAGAAAUACUCCUACAUGAGUUGAUGGCUCUUUACCAAAUUUAGUACACAUACACUUUAUUAUCCAUAUUCAAUUACCUAAAGGUACUGAACUCAUAAUAUCCAUUCCUCUGGGGCUGGCCCAUUUCAUUUUUUCUUACAUAAGCAAUAUAAAUAUCAAUAGGCUUAGACAACACUAUAGUUUCUAUGUGAAUUAAUGGAUAUAGGCCUAGCGUGGUAGCAAUAGCGUUCAUUGUCCAUAUUGAAAUAUCGGUGGAUUUAAAACUAAUAAUAUCCAGUCUAGAAUUUUCCAGACAGUUCAAUAAUUUUAAAAAGCUACGUCUAAGGCAUUUUAAAGUAGAUUUUAAUGGGAAAAAUUUUAAAUUUUAACUCUAUUAUUUAAUUAUUGUCCCAAAAGACAAAUUUGGCGAAGACGAAGUAAUUGAGAAAAGGAAUAGAGUCUUUACAGGAUUUAGGGUGGGAUGAAGAGUAUGGUAGAUAGCUGUGGCUGUCAGUGGGCUUAAAGUAGGCAGAGGUGAGUUGGCUGUCUUUAUGAAGAGUGACAGUAAUGUCCAAAAAGUUUACUGAGGUCUCAGAGACAAGAGAUGUGAAUUUAAUGGAGGGGUGAAAUGAGUCUACAAAGUUAAUGAACAGGUCAAGAAAUUCUAUUCAGGGUCUAGGGUAAAUAAAAUAAUGCCCAACAGUUCCUUAGAAGACUGAUAGUUAAAAUAGCAAUCCUGAUUGAACAAGCCAUCACUGCUACUCUAUACUAGAAAUUGACUCUGAAUUUAGUCCAUCCCAAGCUAGUGGACUGGAGAUCAAUCCCCAGAAAAUGCCUAGACAAGCAAAAACAUCACCAGCAUGCCGGGUAGAUGGGACUCGUUAACCAUGAAUGGCAACUCAUCUAUGAGAAGGCAAACUCUGAAAUCAAACCCGGAGAUGGAGUCCCAUAGGCCUUAUGACAUUGAAAAUGAAAAUUCUGACAAGCUCCUAUGAUGUAGAAGCAUAAAGAGCAUAGUGAAACGCACACAAACACUGCUGAUAAUCAACUGCAUCCUGGUAUAUAUCCAGUCGUCUUGACUUAUCUUACCAUUGAAUCUAAUAGGCAAAGACGAGAGAGUGGUUCAGACGAAUUAAGCAACUCUCCAUAAAUUUAAACAAAAUACAGCUCACGUCAAGGCUACUGCUCCAGUCUUAGUGAUCUUCAUGUGUACAGAACGAACAACAAGACUGGAAAUAUUGAUACCAAGCAUAUUUGCAGGACAGUUCUCGGAUGCCAUGAAAAUUAAGGGAAAAUGAUUAAUAAACGUCAAUCAUCUGAGACUUCCUCUAGUUCAACUUCAGCUAUUUCACCUACCUCAGGUGUCCACUUUUGCAACUUCUUAGUCAAGCUUCCAAGUUAUGUGUGUCUUCGGAAAUAAAUAUGACUUACUUGUGAUUGAAAUGGACUAAAUUAUAGCUUUAUUAGUUGUUUGUUAUCAAACAGACACGCAUAUUCUUUCUGUUCCCAGAACAUGCACUAAAUCAUAUGGUGAGCGAUCUUUCUCUUUCUGCGCCCCAAACAAUGGAAUUCUCUCCCACUACACAUCUGCAAUGUACCGACCAUACAGGCCUUCAAAACUGCACUCGAAACACAUCUCUUAAAACUCUAAUAUCCCGACUGAUUCCCCCUAAUAGCUGAUAAGCGAUGCUGCUGGUUGCUGUCCAUGGCUUGACUAGUAAACAUUCUGGGGUGGGUGGUGUGGAUAUGCAUCUGUUUUUGUUUUGUUGUUAUAUAGGUGCUUUAUUUAAAUAAAUGUAUGUUAUUUUUUAUUGUCAUGAUUAUGUUUGCUAAUAUUUUUAUGUACAGCGUGGUGAGCCCAACCCUAGGCUGGGGUACAGCGCUAUAUAAGACAACUAAUAAUAAUGUUGUAGUAAUAUAAGACAUGCAAAGACUUUGAAUGGUAGCCCAUGAACAUUUUUGCACACUGCAAAUUAUGAUCAUUUUUAAGGUGGACUUUUCCAGGUUUUCAACCUCAAAUUCAAAUAUUCUUGUUUGAAUAACUUAUAAGUUCAUUUUUAAACACAAGUUAUCAAAUAUUUUUAUGUAACUAGUGGUAAUUAUUAAAUAUUUCCUAAGUAAUGGCAUCUUUGCCAUUAAAAAGGGGGCAUGGUCGAAAUUGGGCUAAGUAACCGUACGAUAAUGCAGGUUACUGGGGAAAAGCAUUAUGAACCUCGGACACGACCUACAUCAAUGAGAAUUGGCAGAUGUAUACAUCAAUAUUUAAUAUGAAAGAUCAUUAUUUUUACUUCAUCAAAAGUUUUUGAGGGAAAGAUGCCUUAUAUAUACAUAUGAAUUUAUAAAAUUAAGGUCGAUCAAAUAAGGCAAAACAGUAUGUUGGAAUAUGGGUCAAGACGUACUCUAUUGUGAACAUGUGGUAAGAUAAAAUAGUCCUUUUAUUAAUUAAAAAGCACCAACACCCAAAAUUAAAAACUAGGAUUCUUCUGCUGCGACUAUCAUUUCCCAUUAAAAUUUUGUAGUAGUCUCCCUUGCUUUACUGAAGUGCCUGCUUUAACGCUUCACUCAUGACUUCAAUGUUUAAUAGAACAAGUAUUUAUUGUUUUCCGAUUAAUUCAUCGUGUAUUUUUGUUGAUUUAAAGGGAUUCUGGUCAAUUUACGCAAUCCGCUCCACCUCCCUUUGUUUUUUCUUGGAUUGUUACUAGAGUUAGCUUUUCUUUUUUUAAAUAUCAAUACGCUGUUGAUGGAAUGUUUUAAAUUAUAAUUUCAUUUAAUUAUAAUAUUUAAAUUCCAGCAUCUUGGAAAAUGAGCGGGUUUGAUUGAUUGCUCUGACAACUUUUGACUUUUAUUUGGUGGAGCCUGCAAUAGUGAAACAAAUGUAUUCUCUGAAACUAACUUGGCUUUUCAUGAUAAUUUAACAAAUAUUUUGUAUUUUAUUUCUUCAUUUUUACAAUUUUCUUACCACGGUGUAAAACUGUAGCAGAUGUGUUUUAGUCAGGAGAAGGGAGUGUCAGCAGGUGUUGACACUUCUUGCAGCAUAUCUAUCCGUCCCUGUGGCGUUACAGCCCAUGUAGGGCUUUGGCCUGCCUCACUACUUCUUUCCACUCAGACCCAACUAAUGCUUUUCUUUUCCAUGCUUGGGUUCCCAGCUGCUGUAGAUUUUUUUCCACAUCAUCCAUCCAUCUAAGCCUAUGUCUGCCUUUGAGCCGUUUCCUCUGGGGUUUUGGUGAUGUACCCUCUUCACCCCUCUGUCAUUUGGCAUUCUCUCUAAGUGUCCUGCCCAGCAUAGCCUACCCAUUUUAUUUCUUAUACUAUCGUGGGAUCCUGAUAUAGACUUAUAAUUCCUGUUUGGUUUGUAUUCUCCAUCCAUAUUCAUCCUUUGAUGGUCCAUAUAUCAUUGCAGCUUGUGUAGAGGGAUACAAUAAAGUUGCUUCGUUUGCGAUGAAAUUAUUGUAAUAACUGAAAUUACGACAGGAAAGAGGGUGACAGCAGGUUGUUGAAUCUUCUUGACGCAUAUCUAGAGAGAUACAAUUAAGUUGCUACGUUCCCCAUGAAAUUAAUGUACUGGCUGAAAUUAGUUUAAGUUUUGUUCAUAUUUUCGUUUCUCUUGGCAUAUUCUCUCCGUUUUCCCUCCCCAUUUUACUUUUAGCAGACUUGUUUGAACUAAAAAAACAAUUUAAGACAGCAUUUUCAGAAAUUUUAAUUAUUUGCAAAUUUUUGGAGUGUUUUAACUUUAACUUGUCUUUGAUAACAAGAGGAAGUUUUUGGGAGUUUUUUUUUCUCUUUUUUUAUGAGUCAACUUUUUUUUGGAAAUUUUUCUGGGAGAAUGGGGAGAUUUUUAUUAUUUUCUGUAUGUACAUUGCUUCAAUGUUAGAAAAAAAAUGGGGAAAAGUAAUUAACAGAAGUCAUCAUAAAGCCGUGUGGAAUAUUAGGUUACAUGUUUUGUCCUCAUUUUGCGACUGCUGUGCUGUAAGAGUUUCAGAGUACCUACAAUUAGAUUCAAUGAUUUAAUAAUGAAUUGUCAUUUUGUCAUAUUUUAAAAUUGAAAUCUAUUUUAGAACAUUGAGAGCAUAUCUGAUACUAGCACAUUACCUAGAUUUGCCACAUUCAGAGCAUAUCUGAUACUAGCACAUUACCUAGAUUUGCCACAUUCAGAGCAUAUCUGAUACUAGCACAUUACCUAGAUUUGCCACAUUCAGAGCAUAUCUGAUACUAGCACAUUACCUAGAUUUGCCACAUUCAGAGCAUAUCUGAUACUAGCACAUUACCUAGAUUUGCCACAUUCAGAGCAUAUCUGAUACUAGCACAUUACCUAGAUUUGCCACAUUCAGAGCAUAUCUGAUACUAGCACAUUACCUACAUUUGCCACAUUGAGAGCAUAUCUGAUACUAGCACAUUACCUAGAUUUGCCACAUUCAGAGCAUAUCUGAUACUAGCACAUUACCUAGAUUUGCCACAUUGAGAGCAUAUCUGAUACUAGCACAUUACCGAGAUUUGCCACAUUCAGAGCAUAUCUGAUACUAGCACAUUACCUAGAUUUGCCACAUUCAGAGCAUAUCUGAUACUAGCACAUUACCUAGAUUUGCCACAUUCAGAGCAUAUCUGAUACUAGCACAUUACCGAGAUUUGCCAUCAGCACUUAAGCACACUUUUUUAUUGAUAUUCAUAGGAGAAUGCACAACCUUGGAAAAACAAGGCGAACACAUAUUUCUUACCAAGCAACAUUCAUCUAUUUUUGGAAAUGUUCAGCGUGGUUUAAACACUCAAAGCCUUUACAUGUCUUCUUCAUUAUACUGUGCUGUACAUUCAUUAUACUGUGCCGUACAUUCAUUAUACUGUGCCGUACAUUCAUUAUACUGUGCCGUACAUUCAUUAUACUGUGCCGUACAUUCAUUAUACUGUGCCGUACAUUCAUUAUACUGUGCCGUACAUUUAUUAUACUGUGCCGUACAUUCAUUAUACUUUACCGGGUACCAGUAUGUUUAUUUGGUUUUAAGUCUUUUACUUGUACUUUUAGUUGUACAAUACUUAUUUUUUUAAUUUAAAAAAAUGUUAUUCUCUUCUUUAGUACCAUAUUGCCUACUCGAGGGGGUCAACUUAUGAACAAACAGGCUUUAGAUGCAUUAUAUAAAGUAGAUAGUUUUUAUCUUCAAUGAUAACGAUAAGAAGGAUGAUUACAAGAUUUUUCUUUAUUAAAUGUCCAGACAUUUAUAAAGAUUACCAAAUAACUGCUUAAUAGGAUGUAAGUAAGUAAAUUUUAUUAUCAAUGACCCACUUAUAACUAAAUUUAUUUUCAGAUGACCUACCAUUAAGGCCUACUAAUAUAUAAAUAUUGGAUGUCAAAUUUUAGAAAAGAGUUGUGUUAACUUAAGCUCUAGCCGCAUGACAGAGGAGAAAUCAGCACCUAAGACAUGUCCACCCAAAGUCAAAGAUUUAUCUCGGUAAAAAAUAAAAAAAUUAUCUUGACUUUGCUUGUUGUUCCUUCAAGAAAUUUCACUAUUUCUCAAAGAGCAAGCUCAGUUAUAAUCUAUCAAAGAAACAAAAAAGGGACUGAUGAACCACCUAAAAAGCUCCCAUUUCGUAAGGCCCUCAUUGAAGGAUUUAAACAAUUUGGUCCAGAGUCUAAAAAGUUUAUACAAGAGCAAAAAGAAGCUUAUGCUUUCAAUCCAAUGUUAAGUGCUGAACAUGGAAACUAUGAGGUUCUCUAUAGGUAAGCUUUUUAUAUAUGUUAAUUUAAUAUUGAUCUUCAAAGUAUAGCAAGCAUGCAAUGAUGUCUGGAAGAUUUGAACAUUUCCUUAGCAAAUCUGUACCUUGUUUUGUGCUGGUUAUCUCAAAGGUUUUCCAGAUAAGCAAAUAUCUGCUUAUUAUGUUGUUUUAUAUAAAGCUUAUAUUGUGUUUUAUCCUUUUUAUUGGCACACCUUCUUAGAUAAAUUACAAUAAGCGAUCGAUCUGUAAAAAUGGAGUGUGUAAAAAAAUCAUGUAACUAAUAAAUAAACGGGAAGUUUGAAGUCCCACAAAACCAAAUCUUAAGAUUUGCUUUCACAUUAAAUAUAUUAUUUUUCGAAACAGUUCUUUAAAAUAUUAAACAGAACACUGAAUUAAACUGUUUGACAUUUGCUUAUUUGUUGUAUUUUAUUCACAUUCUUUAAAAUCUAUUAGAUUUGACAAAAAGGCAGAAGUAGAUAGAUGGAUUGUGUCUACAGACAAAGACUAUAAAGGUGGGGAAAGCUCAGCUAAUUUCACCUUCACUAAAAACCGAACUGGUCUGUUUCAUGGCUACCUCUGUAAGGAAGUUCCUAAAGAUGGUGUAACUAAAUACGCUGGUUAUGCCAAUAUAUCAAAUUUAACACCGAGGGUAAAUAGAUGCACAUUAUAGUUAAUAUUUAUAUUUUAUUCCAUCAAUUGAAAUAUCAAACAAUAGCAACAAAAAUAUACUUGCCUCUCUUUCUUGUUUUUGAUUUUUGUUUUUAAGAUGCAGUAAUACAGAUAAUUUUAAACAAAGUUGUAAGCUACUACCUGUUAUUGAAAUUAGGGAUUACUUGUUUCAUGUAAGACACCAAAUAUAAUUUGGAAAUUUAACUUUUUUGUGUUUUGUUUCAGAAAUCUUUUAAUCGAGAAACCCAUUGGGACUGGUCAUUGUAUAAUUGCAUGUUGUUCAGAGUGCGAGGAGAUGGCAGGCCCUAUGUAAUUGUCCUUGGUUGUAAAUUUGAUUAUGAUGUCAACUGGCUCAACCGCUGGAGUUGUCCUUUGUUUACAAGAGGCGGACCCUACUGGCAGAUUGCUAAGGUUAUUCUUUUUAACAUUUUGAAGGAAAAUUGUUUAACUCUUCCCAGAAUAUUUGCAUGACUUCUUAGGAUUUACACAUCAAUUAUAGCAAGCUAAUCCCCACCUACCUCUAUUUAUAAACUAUUUUGGAUGCAUGGUUUGCAGUGUAAGAUCAAUAAUUCAUGUAUUUGUCUUAGAUGACUAAUGGAUUAAUUGAUUUCCUUUGGAGUGAGCAGAAUUCUUUAUUUCCCUAGUAUAAUUUUAUCUAAAACUAAUAAACAAAUCCUUCAAGCUGUGUUCACUGUUUAUGGCAGCAAUAUUCAAGUUGGUUACCAGUACAAUGUCUACAUGUAAAGCAUGUUAUAUUAUAACACAAAUAGUAUUAAAUUGUAUGAUCUUAGUCCUAUUUUUAGUACUGUAAUUCAAAAUAUUUAUUUUCUCUUGAUAUUGUUACCCAUGGUCGGAAAAAAAACAACACCAAGUGUUACUUAACAAUUAAGGAAUGGGCAGAGAAAAAAAGCUUAAGUUUAAAGUUAGAAAUUUGAAAAUUUAUGAAUUGUGGUAGUUUUUGCAAAUAAAAGAAAUAACUUUUUCAAAAUUUUAUUUUCACAGAUUCCUUUCUCAAAAUUUUAUAUCUCUCAUCACGGUAGAAUUCAAGAUAGGCAGGAAUAUCCUAUUCUUUCUUUAGUGAACAGCUUGGGUAUUACUGUUAUGGAUGCAGCUGAAGGCCCCUUUGCUCUGGAAAUUGACAGCAUAUCUCUUAUGUAUGAUAUCAAUCUCACAGGAAAGCAUGCAUAUGAAUUAUAUCAGGACAAAAAUUAUGAAGGUCAAAACUGAUGUUGGAGAAAAAAAGAAUUCAUGCAACUGAAUCAGCCAUCCGCCUCAAGAGUAAUGAUAUCUCACUUAACUUAAUCACAGAAAUGUGCGGUGCCAUUCUGUUCCAAACAAGUCAAAUUUCCCUGAACCUUUAAAUAUUUUUUCACUCAUUUAACAGCACAUUAAAAUUUCAGUUUUGACUGUCCUGUGGUUGUAUUAGAAAAUGAUGUAAUAUAAGACUCUUGCUAGGCAUACUUUUAAACCAUGUGUAUGAAAGCUUUUAUCAAUGAAGAUUCUAUAUAAGUACACGGAGCCGAUAUCUAUUGUUGCAGACAUUUCAUUUUUUAAGAUAACCAUUGCCUUAAAAGAUGAUCUAGUUAGUGCUCACAAAUAAAAUUAAGCUAACUGAAUACAAAUUUAGAACAGGCUAACUGAGGUCAUUUUAUGAGGGGUCAUGACAGAAUUAUUUUUAAAAAUGUGUAUCCAUACUAUAAACCAUAAAAAUUUUGUUCUAUGUGUUUAUUUGUAAAUAAAACUCUUGUAAUUGAUAUCGGUACUUGUUUACCU